AUGCAUAUAAUACAGGUUGGUGCUGUUGAUAAAUCUUCUGGUCUGAAAUCAAUUUGUAAUGCUUUGGGAGAAGAAUUUGGCACAAGUAACAUAGCCUGCCUCCCUUGUGAUGUAUCUGAUGAUGAUGCUUUGAAAAAUGUUUUUAAAGAGACAAGUCGGCAGUUUGGCUCACUAGAUAUAGUAAUAAAUAAUGCAGGAAUAGCUGAUGAGAGGUAUUGGAAGAAGCAAAUAAAAGUUAAUCUGCAAUCCGUCAUCAAUGGAACAUAUUAUGCAAUGGAGCUAAUGUCACCUGAUAAAGGAGGAGUGAUAGUUAAUGUAUCAUCAAUGGCUGGCUUACACCCAGUGAGUACUGGCCCUGUAUAUUCAGCAGUGAAGCAUGGAGUUGUUGCUUUUACUAGAGCAAUGAAAGAAAAUGUAGCAGAAAAGGGCAUUCGUAUCAAUUGCAUUUGCCCUUACUUUGUAGACACUACAAUGGGUAGAGCUGGUUUAAAGGCCCUACCUGAAGCAGAAGCAAACGAAGUGCUUAAAAAUGGAAUAUUAAAACCUGAGUUCAUUGCUAAAGGUAUAAUGGAUCUAAUAACUGAUACUAGUAGAAAUGGUGCUAUCCUCAGAGCUAACCCGUGGCAAGGACUUAUGUAUCAGAGAUACAAGGAAGACAUGAAAUCAAAACUUUAA